AUGGAUUCAAACAAAGACCUCUUCAUCGACAACCCGUGCACUGACUACGAAUACGACGUGCAAGGCGAUCAGCAUCGGCAUCUAUCGCAUCUGGUAGGCUGGUACCCUGGCUGGAGCAUUUCAUCGUACCAGAACGGGUACACGAACGAGACGAUCCAACGCGCGGUGAACAUCUCGCUCACGGAUAGGGGACCGGGCAUCUCGGACUCCAAUGCCGGCUGGGAGAAGGUCUGGCGGUCGGCGUGCUGGGCACGGCUGAAUGAUACGGAGAAGGCGUAUUACGAGCUCCGGCUGGCGAUUGAUAUGAAUAUCGGGCAGAGCGGGCUGGAUCUCUAUGCGAGUGGGGAUCCGCCGACGGAACCAUUCCAGAUUGAUGCUAAUUUUGGAUAUCUGGGGGCGGAAGGGGGGGGGGGGGGGGGGGUGCUGAGUAUGCUUGCUGUGUAUUUUCCGGGGGGUUAUGAGGGUUCGGGUUCAGGGGAUGGAAAGAAAAGGGUUGUGGUGUUGGGGCCUGCUAUUCCGGCGGCGUGGAAGGGUGGGAGGGUGAGAGGAUUGAGGUUGCGGGGUGGCGGGAGUGUGGAUUUCUCGUGGGAUGAUAAGGGAAUUGUUAAUACAGGCAAGUCGGAUGUUGAGUGGCUCGAACAGCAGUUGAUCGGGCCUUCACAAUUGCAUCAACCCUCAUAG